AGGGAUUGUGUGUGUAAGAGAGAGAGAGAGAGAGAGAGAGAGAGAGAGUUCUUCCAUGAUGUGGUUGUUCAUGAGGCAAUUCUAGUAAAGACUUUAGAGCUGAAUUGGAGUGUCAAUUUACAAGAUGGGUGUUGUUACAGUUGGUGAAUUGAAGUCAAGUAUAUCUGGGAAGAGAUCAUUCAGACCCAGCUCAAGUACAAGGCAUACUACUGAAUGGCCAAUUUCUGAUGUUUCCAGUGAUCUCACAGUUGAAGUAGGAGCAACAAACUUCUCACUUCACAAGUUCCCUCUGGGAUCCCGUAGCGGCAGAAUCCGGAAGCUGUUGCUGGAAGCAAAGGAGACAAAAGUUUCACGGAUAAGCUUGGCCUCAGUUCCAGGUGGAUCAGAGGGAUUUGAGCUAGCUGCAAAGUUCUGUUAUGGUGUAAAUGUUGAGAUCACACUAUCAAAUGUUGCAAUGCUACGGUGUAUGGCUCACUACCUAGAAAUGACAGAUGAAUUUGCAGAAAAGAAUUUGGAAAGCAGAACUGAAAUCUAUAUAAAGGAGAUGGUACUACCAAAUAUCUCAAACUCCAUAUCUGUUCUUCAUCGUUGUGAAACCCUCCUACCUCUAGCAGAAGACAUCAACCUGGUUAGUAGGAUUAUCAAUGGAAUUGCAUCCAAUGCCUGUAAAGAGCAACUCACUUCUGGUUUAUCCAAACUUGAGCCAAACUUCCCUGUCAAAUCUAUGCCAAAUAUAGAACCAGAAACUCCAUCAGAUUGGUGGGGAGAGGGGCUCACAAUGCUUAACCUAGAUUUCUUCCAGGGGGUUCUGUCAGCAGUAAAAUCAAAGGGCCUGAAACAAGACACGAUCAGCAGGAUUUUAAUAAACUAUGCACAUACCUCUCUCCAAGGUCUUAUUGUCAAAGACACUCAAUUGGUGAAAGGUAGCUUCCUGGAUGCAGAAUUGCAGAAAAAACAGAGAGUGAUUGUUGAAGCAAUAGUAAGUUUACUACCAACCCAGUCACGAAAGAGUUCAGUACCAAUUGCAUUUCUUUCAAGUUUGUUAAAAACUGCAAUAAUGGGGUCAGCCUCUGCCACUUGCAAAGCCGACUUAGAGAGAAGAAUUGGUCUGCAACUUGACCAAGCUAUUCUUGAAGAUAUCCUCAUUCCUGCCAACUCACAUGGCAACAAUCACCAUCCUCUGUAUGAUACAGAUUCAAUAUUCAGGAUAUUUUCCAUCUUCCUAAACUUAGAUGAAGAUGACGACGAGGAGAACCAAUUAAGGGAUGAAAGUGAAAUGUGUUAUGACUUUGACAGCCCUGGAUCUCCAAAACAAAGCUCAAUUCUCAAGGCAUCAAAGCUACUGGACAAUUACCUGGCAGAAAUUGCACUGGAUUCAAACUUGAUGCCAUCAAAGUUCAUUGCCCUAGCAGAACUACUACCAGACCAUGCCCGUAUUGUGACUGAUGGCUUAUACAGAGCUGUUGAUAUCUUCCUCAAGGUUCAUCCCAAUAUCAAGGACUCUGAACGCUACCGGCUGUGCAAAACCAUUGACUGUCAAAAAUUAUCUCAGGAAGCCUGCAGCCAUGCAGCUCAAAAUGAAAGGUUACCUGUGCAAAUGGCAGUCCAAGUGCUCUACUUUGAGCAGAUCAGGCUUCGGAAUGCAAUGAAUGGGGGUCACAAUCAGUUCUUCUUUGGUUCAAUCAACAGCCAGUUUCCUCAACGCUCAAGCAGUGGUGCAGGCAGUGGAGCCAUCUCCCCAAGAGACAACUAUGCUUCUGUCAGAAGAGAGAAUAGAGAGCUGAAGCUUGAAGUUACAAGAAUGAGAAUGAGGCUGACAGACUUGGAGAAAGAUCACAUCUCUAUGAAACAGGGGCUUGUUCGGUCAAAUCCUGCUAAUAAGAUACUUAAAUCUUUUACCAAGAAGCUAAGCAGGCUCAAUGUCUUAUUCCGAAUAAAAGAAGUCAAGCCCCUUAGUGCCAAAACUACUUCAGAAGCUCGGUUUCUAUUUCAGAAACGAAGGCCCCAUUCUCUUUAGUGACCAUAUCUGAGUGUGUAUAAGAGUGUAUAGAAAAAGAUGGUUUUGUUUCUGAUCUCAGUUAAUUGUUUGAGACUUUAUCUAUGUUCA